AUGUGUGGCAUGGAUGUUGACCUUGAUGAAGGCGGGACUGGAGAUGAUGAGAGAGAUCAGGAGGAUGAGUUUGCAACAGCAGGAGAGGGGGUGCGGAUGUUGCCCCCUCCGACUGCUCACUGCGACGGGGGAGUGUGGGGUAGCCGCAGAGGCAGGUGUGGCUGUCUGGCAUGGGGAACAGGGCUGCUGCUGUGGAACAUUACGCUGGUGUUGGCAUGUCUGCUACUCAUGACUGUCAUAUUCAGCCUGAUCCUGAUGCCUGCUGGCCUGUUGCUGUACGCCGGGUUCCUCUGCCACUCACGGGUCCUAGCCUCUCCCUCAGGCCUUUGCCGUUACCUCGACGACAACAGUUGCUCCGCCCUCAUUAUUCUUGGAUUCGUGAUGAUGUCACCAUUGGUUGUGGUAGCGGCGGCCACCUUCUGUGGGCUGCUCCGUCGACUGAGACUCCUCAUGCUCUUUCAGCCAAUUACACAUGCCUGGUAUAGGGGGCGGGGUUUGGGCUGGGGUAGGGACAUUCGCGCUUGGGUGUGA